GAAUAAAGAACUACUCUAACUGGCCUACCAUCCCACAAGUGUACCUCAACGGUGAAUUCGUUGGUGGCUGCGAUAUACUCCUCCAGAUGCAUCAGAAUGGAGAUCUUGUGGAGGAGCUGAAGAAGUUGGGAAUCCGCUCAGCGCUUCUGGAUGCAGAGAAAGACCAAGACAAAAAGUAA